CCAAAAAAAAGCCCAAAACUGUAAGAAACUCUGAGAAAAAAAAUUUGGAUGGCACAACACUGCUUUCAAUCCAAUCUUCGUCUUCUUCAUCAUCAUCAUCACCAUUAAAGCUGCUGCUUUAAAAUGCGCAGCCUUACUCUGGGUCUGAGUCUCAGAUCCUCUUCUCUUCCUUUCACCUGCAGCAACUUCCGCUUCUUCUCUCCUCCUUCUUCUUCUUCUUCUUCUUCUUCUUCUUCUUCUUCUUCUUCUUCCUUUAGACUCUACAGACGAUUCCAUUUCCUCAAGCCAUGUUCUUCCUUAAAACAAACCAAGAAGAAGAAGCAAAACUCUCUCCCUUCUACCGCCCCGCCUCCUCAGAGUCUUCGGUGGUUCUUCAAUCCCAAAUCCAGCGACGAAGACGAUGAUGAUAAGUCCUCCGCGGCUGAGAACGAUGACGGGGGCGGAUCGGAUGGGGAUGCUGCUAUUAAGGGUACCAUUUUGGCUGGAGUUUUGUUGAUUGGUACUGUUGGUGGAUUCGCCGGCGUUGGUUAUGUGUAUAGAGAUCAGAUCAAUACGUUCCUCACUCAAUUCUCUACUUACAUCGAAGGUUAUGGUACUGCUGGCUAUGCCUUGUUCAUUGCUGUGUAUGCUGGGCUUGAGAUAUUAGCUAUUCCGGCUCUCCCAUUGACGAUGUCGGCUGGUCUUCUCUUUGGUCCUCUUAUUGGCACCAUCAUCGUUUCUAUUAGUGGAACAAUGGCUGCUAGUGUUGCUUUUCUAAUUGCUCGAUACUUUGCUCGAGAGCGCAUCCUUAAGUUAGUUGAGGACAACAAGAAGUUCCUUGCCAUUGAUAAAGCGAUUGGUGAAAAUGGGUUUAGGGUUGUUACUCUCCUUCGGCUAAGCCCUUUGCUUCCUUUCUCUCUUGGAAAUUACCUGUACGGGUUGACAUCUGUGAAGUUUGUGCCUUAUGUAUUAGGAAGCUGGUUGGGUAUGCUUCCAGGGUCUUGGGCUUAUGUCAGCGCAGGGGCUUUUGGACGAGCAAUCAUUCAAGAAGAAUCUAAUGUUGGCUUGCCUGGAGGAAACGGCCAGCUUUUAACAUUGGGGCUGGGUCUGUUGGUUACUGCAUUGGCUGGAACAUAUGUGACACGCCUUGCAAAGGAUGCUAUAAAGGACAUCGACGAUGAGUAGAGAGAUGCAAACUAAGAAGAGGAAACAAGCCAACGAUUGGACAAAGGUUUUGACUCUCUAGGAUUUGUAAAACCUUAACAGAGUAUCAUCAAUGUACUUAAGUUAAAUGUUAUCUAGGAUGACAUUAAUACUGCUCCAUUAUUGUUCAUAGUUGAUAAAUAUAAUGUGAAUUUUGUUU